AAUUUUAAAUUAACUAUUGAAAUUGUAUUUAAUAUAUUUAGGUGAAUAUAAAGUUGGUGCGCGACUUCUCCAUCAGCGCCAUUGAGGAAAUUGACGAUGACGAAGGCGAUUUUUCAGUAGAAACUGAUGAGUUUGACGAAAAUGGUAAUUCUACAGCGGACAAUGCAGCAGCAGUCUUGGCAAGUAUAGUUGCCGGUAGCAUGAGUGUUAUACAUCUUCAAAGAUGUGCUGUCCACUUUUUACAGUUAGCCGUGAAUGAUGCAUUGAAGAGGCCCACAAUAAAAAAUCUUAUUAGUCAUGCGAGAGAAGUUGUGAAAACUGCAAGAAAUUCUAAGUGGAUUGACUUCUUCAGGGACCAAGUUACACAUCUUGUUCCAAUUUUAGAUCAGGCUACCCGUUGGUCUAGCCAGUUCAAUAUGAUUGAGAGGCUAAUUAAGAUUCGACCAGUAAUUCAAAAUUUGAAUAUGCAAAAAGAAGCUCCAAAAGAAUUUAAUGUGCAACCAUAUCUUUGGGGAAUGUGGGAGGAAUUGAGAGAUAUAUUGCAAAUGGCACGCGAUCUUACUAUUCGUCUUCAGCGUGAAAACAUCACAGCAGGUGAAUUCCUUUUUGAUUGGAAUUCAAUAAAGUGUGAACUAGACGGGAAGGACAGCGACUUUCCUGAAAGGAAUGGAUAAUAGAGAGAGCGCACUACGCGAAAAUUCGUUGUUUCUUGCAGCAGUUUACGUGGAUAUUAGGCAUGGCUGUAUGCUGACAGCAACUGAAGACAAGAUAGCUGCAGCUGAUGGACUUUGGAAAAUUAAUUACAAACUGAUUCAACUGGCUAAUAAAAAUAAGAAUGAUGAACUGAACAAAACCAAAAA